CACAUUUGAAUGUAAUAAAAUUCUGAGAGUUACCAUGUGCUGCCAGGGUAAAUGUGAAAGCCCUACAGCAUCUGAAGUUAUUCCUAACUUCUACUCUUGAAUAUAUGGGUACUGACAAUGUCUGUGAAUUCGGCUCUAAAACUGAAAUUGGAUGAGCUGUUCCUCAGAUGGAUAACGGAUAGAGCGACACAAAAAGACAUCCUAUCGAAGCAAUGUUGGCACUGCCUGCCGGCAUUGUAGUCGGACCUAUGUCUGCGUCGUCCUAUGGAUAUUUUUAUGGGCCAGUUCAUUGUGAAUCUUCAGGUCCGAACCCGGAUGGCUUACCCAGUACUGGUCUUCCGGCUCCUAAUCACCAUAGUUGUAUUGCAUCACCUCGGCCGAACACUCCUCCCUAUUUUCCACAGCCUCCUUACUCAAAAAUAUGUAGUCCUCGGUCCCCGCGACGUCAUACCUACACAUCCGGUAGUAUGUCCUCUCAGGCGGUUAAAGGCUCUGGUGAGUCAAGAACAAAUGAAGUAACACAUACAAACAAAGUUCAGAAAGAAAAUGGAAUAAUCACUAUCCACUCGAAAGUUGCGCCGAAUUCAGAAAGUCAAGAUAGUGAAACUAAACUUUCCUCUCGAAAUACUUCCAAUCGGCUUGUAAAUCAUGAUGUUGAUACAGAUGAUACAAGCAAAACUAAGACAAAUAAGACGACUUCACUUCGAACCAACGAUCGAAAUGGAUCGAAACAGCUCACUACUACUCCUUCAUCAGCACCCGCGUACGUCCACUCUUCCGAAAACAAUAAGCAAGAUGCAGAUAUGGCUUUGCAUCAACAGCCUCGUGAAUGUCAUGAAGCCAACAAACAUCGUGUUAAUUCUUCUUCAAAAUCGUUUGUCCAUCCAUCUGAUGCUGUUGAUGACACAGCAUCACCAGCAUCUAAACCUAAUAUACUUAACCGGGCAGAUCAUUCUCGCCCAGUUUCUAUAGAUCCUACUCCAUGUGCACAAAAUAAACCGUCUACUACUCUCCCUUCUCCAACUAUUCCGCGUAAAGCGCUUCCAUCAUUUCAUUUCCCUCUUGGCACUACUCGAAUGUCUACUGAAGAAAUUAAUACGGAAAUGGAACGUGUUAAACAAGAACUUAGUCAUUUUACUGAUUCAUCCACCAAUUCAGGAAAACAUUUUGAACAGCUGGUUCCUCAUUCAUGUUUUGGUCAAGUGGCAAAGGCCCUUAACUGUCCACUUUACUGGAAACAUGCUAUUUAUAUGAAUUCUGGUGGUACGUCUGAUCGACAACCCGUAUCUUUAUCAAAUAUAUUAAAAACAUGGUCUCAUACAUUGAAUACGUGUCCAGAUGAAGCUUCAAAAUUUGUUCAUUUACUUACACAUGGGCACGCCACUUUCUUGGUACAAUCAGAUUUUAAUUCUCUCAUUCAGGAUAUUUUAGAAAGUCAUCCUGGUUUAGCUUUCUUAGAGGCAGCCAAAGACUUUCAUUCAAGAUAUGUAGCAACUGUUGUUGCACGUAUCUUCUUCAAUGUGAAUAUUUCAUGGUCUGGUCGUAUUUCUUUGGGUGAAUUGAGGCGAAGCAAUUUUCUUUCUGUGUUAGCCAGCCUUGAAGUUGAGGACGAUAUCAACCUGGUCACGCAAUAUUUUUCGUAUGAACAUUUCUAUGUUAUUUAUUGCAAAUUUUGGGAAUUAGAUGAAGAUCAUGAUUUAAUUAUAAGUCGAGGUGAUUUGGCACGGCAUAACAAUUAUGCUAUCUCAGAACGUAUGAUAGACCGUAUAUUCAGCGGAGCUGUGACAAGAGGGACAGCUUUCAAAGAGGGUGUAAUGACCUAUCCAGAUUUUGUGUGGUUUCUCUUGGCUGAAGAAGAUAAACGUCAUCCAAGAAGCAUUGAAUACUGGUUUCGUUGUAUGGAUCUAGAUGGCGAUGGUCUCUUAUCAAUGUAUGAAUUAGAAUAUUUCUAUUCAGAACAAUUGGCUCGUAUGGAAGAAAUGGGUAUUGAACCUAUAUCUUUUGAGGAUUGUUUAUGUCAGUGUUUGGAUAUGGUCAAACCAGUUCUUGGUGAUAAAAUUCGAUUAUCAGAUAUGAAACAAUGCCGAUUGUGUCAUAUAUUUUUUGAUACGUUCUUUAAUUUACCCAAAUAUUUACAACAUGAACAACGUGAUCCAUUUGCUAAUUUACGAGAUAUCGAAGAAGGUCUUAAUGAACUCUCUGACUGGGAUCGCUAUGCUGCUGAAACGUAUGAAAUGUUAGUUAGUGUUGAAGGUGGUGGAAAUCAAGAGGAUGGAGUUGAUGAUGACGAUGAUGAUGAAGAAGAUGGAGAUGAAGAGGAAGAAGAAGAUGGUGGAGAUGAAGAACAAAAGGAUUCAGCUACCGCCCCAAACACUACAUCACCGGCAAAAAGAAAAGAUAAGAUAAGUAAGAAAGAUAAUACUGGACCUUGUGCACUGGCUAGUAAACUUGAAAGUGUUAACAAUGAUCUAAUCACAUUGGAAUCAGCUGUUGGAGCAGGGGAGUGAGUCGUCUGGACUUAUAAAGAAAAGUACGGAAUUUGAACAGAGGAGUAAUCUUAGACGAGGAACACCAAUGAACCACGAUAAUUUAAAUGCUAACUGAUCAUUUCCAAUGAUGAGUUUCGUGGCUGAUUGUAAGUCUAGUAAUCAACCAACCGAGUGAAAAAAUAUUUCCAGCCAAAAAUGAUAUACAAUUAAAUUUUAUCCACACCAUCUCUCAUUUGUAUAAAACACUUUUCUCCUUUCAAUUUCUGACAAGGUCUUACUUUUGUUUUCUUCCAUUAUCACAAAUUUAUGCUUCCUUUUUUUCUCUCUUUUUGUUAUACUCAAAUUCUUUAAAAUAUUAACCAAAGCAACUAUACUAAUUGUAUUCUGUCUGUGAUAUUUUCCUUCUUUUAUAUUCAGAUUUUUAACGUAUCCUCGUGGUGAUUUUCUUUACUUAUCAUCUAUUUUGGUGGUAUUUGCUAUAAGUUUUUUUCGUCAUUUGUUUUGGAUUAGACCUCUGAAUCGCAAAGUAGUUGCGAUAAUUGUCGAAUGAUUACUUCCCUAAUAACGUUUCUUAAAAAUUUAUCCUAAAAAAGUUGCUUUGGUUUCUUCGUUUUGUAUGUAAAGCUAUUUUUAUGACUGUACUUAUUCAAUUUCUUACUGCUGAUCAGAAUAAGUGGGACAAUACAAUUCUCUUCGAAUUCCUGCUUGUCACAAAGUGUUUUAUGUCAUUAUUACUUCUUAUCGUAGUUCACUUGCAUCUUCGUAGCAAACAUUGUUCUGAUGCUUAGAAUGAUUGUAAAAUAAGUUGUGUUGCUGCAUGUACUAUAUGUGCAAUUUGUAAACGCACAUAUACGCAGCGUUCUUAUGGCCUACUGAUGUAAACAAAAUAAUCCUUCAACUAUCAUCAUUUCUCUUGUUCAUAUACCCUUAAUCAUUAUUGUCUAACUGUAUCUUCAACGAAUUGCUGUGUUGAAAAUAUCCAGCUUUUUUAUUAUGACAAUCUAUGCUACCUGAAUUCGCUGUCAAAUCAUCCUUCAAGUACAACCACUUAUAACAUAAAUUUGUUGAGCUUCAUGUCUUCCUACUUUCUUUGCUUACUAAGUCUUCCAUCUUACUUUUAUUCUGCUACUCCUUCUUUGUUAAUAAUUGCACAAAUAUGCGGUACGUAAUUACAAUCUUAUUGAAUCCCCACUAAUUUCCGGAAGCUUAUGCAUUGUAAUGUUAUUGAUUAUUAUUAUUAUGGUCAUUACCACCAUUACAAUUACAUUAACGAAGCAGUCGUCUACUAAAUCCGUCACAAACACAUAAGGUUACCUUUUUCAGUUCUUUCAUUUCGAAAAAGAAACAUACCGGAAGAUACUUAUUUUCUUCUUCAAAUACACAGGAUCCCAUCGUAUCAGUAGUGGAAAGGUUGUUGCAUAGUUUGAUAACAUCUAUUAAGAACUGUCAUUUUACAAGUAUUUCUGUAAAGUGUACAUUAGUGAAUGCUUACUAUCGAUCCUAUUGUUGUUCAUCCAGAAGUAAUUAUUGAACAACAUUAACUGAUUACCCUGAACAUAUGAAUUAGUUUUUUUUUUUUGAUGGUAGAGUUACAGAAAUAACCUUUCAGUGUUAUUUAGUUUGCCUGUGAUAAUACGCAGCAAUACAAUUACGCAUAUUAGCACAAUUACAGCACUGAUAGUUCCUAAACCUAACAACUUUGAAAACAUGAAGUUCAGCAGAUUCAUAAAUGAGAGUUCGGCUGAAUGUUGUUUUUACAGCGUAAUAUCAAUCAUCCCCUAAUGUGAUGUAAAAAAGAACUUAUCUUUCAUUUGUCACUGCGUAUCUUGAUAUCACAGGUGAAUAGAAAAGAUUAUGCGUCACUGACUUCACUUUGUCUUGUCUAAUACAGCAGUGGAAAUCUGUGGUCCAUUAAUUGGAUCUCUACAUGUACUAACUUUUUUACUGAGCGCUAACCUUUUUGUUUAGGUUAUCAUCAUCAUUUGUGUGGUAAGCCUUCAUCGAUUAAGUGUGAAGAUAGUUAUUAUUUUCAUUUUAUUUCAUUCAACAGAAAUAAAUGAAAGAUUUGGAUGUAACUAUGUCCUACUUAAUCAAUAAUUAUGUAAACGUGUAUCAUGAAUAUGUACUAAGGCUAAUUUUAUUCAGAUGUAAUUCGUGGAUGAGAAUUUUCGCCUAACUGUGGAUAACUUAGUAACUGCCUACAUAUUGGAACGCGUAAAUUUGGUUGGAUUUGUCAAAGUUGCAUCUGAUUGAUAUUCUAGAGAUUUCGCAGUGAUUGAUUAGUCUACAAUUCUGACAAUUUCGUUUGCAGUCUUAAUGCUUUCACUGCUAAACUCUUUCUUGGCCUUCGUUCUAUCCUUUCAUUGUGUUGUGAAUAAAUAGAAAUAUAAUUAGUUAUUCCAAAGUUGAAACCAAUCGAUAUUAUCUGAACUCCACUUUACAUUGUUUUGCAUGCAGUUUUUGGCGAUUAAAUCUACAGUACAUGGAGAUCGCAGUAAUUCCAGUAAAUAUAAAAAUGAAAGUUUUGGGAUAUAGUUGUCAAAAAAAUAAGAAAAUUAUUGAUUUGACGGCAUCUGCUCAGUAGUUAGAAAUAAAGACUGCUAUUGACAACGAACUCAUUCUCUUCGAUGUAUAGUCAUGGACACGUGUUAUGUAUGCCUAUUCGCCGAUUGCCUCGUCACACGAUGUUGGCUGAAGUAGGUCCAGGAUGGAAAAAGGCCCGAGGUGGCCAGACUAAAACAUGGCACCAAUGUAUGAAGUCUCUGACUGUUUGUUUGAGCCAUGUGGGGCGAUUCAGACUAGGUGGUUGGGGUCGGUGGGAGAGAAACCGGUGGUUGGAGACUAGAUGAUAUGGCUCAGAACCGAUGUCAGUGGCACAGAUGUAUACACACUUUAUCCUCAUCUUAACGCUAUACCGAAUCUCACAAUUUCUCAUUCUUCCUUUCUCUCUAUUAGUACUAUAUAUCUCUUUUGACUGCUUUUUCUUUUCUUCAUCUUCCACUUUACUGCUUAUUACUUGAUGUACUGAUAUGAGGUGUAGCAACUCGGACCGUUAUGCAGUAAUGCCUGGUCUUAGGUUGAUCUGAAUGUAACAUAUAGUGGAAAGCGCAAUAAUUUCCGCCCAAUCUUCAAAAACUGCAUAGUGAAAGAAAAGUUACGCAGUAUAUUUUAAGGAAGAUACGUACAAACAAAUGUUUUUUGUUUUACUGAACAUACUAAGAUUAUCUUGAAGCUUAUGUCUAUAAUGAUUCAAUAAACUGCGUUCUGGACAUUCGUAAUAGAUAUGGCCUAGAUGUUCUCCUUCAAAUUCACAGUUUCCUGUCAUGAAAAGAAUAGUGAUCUUGACUUAACAACUCUCAGUUUUUACAACUGCCUUCAGUUUCUUAUUUGUUCUAAUAUACUACGCGGAGAUAACACAUGUGAAAAUACACCUUAUACGAUUUACUAUCAGUUUAUUGACUGCACCUAGGACAGAAAAGUCCCACCUAUUAUUUAUUUUGCGAAAGACAGUGUUUAACAAAUUUUCCAGAAGUUCAUUACUUUCGUGUACAAUACGCCAGACAGAUGAGUCUGCAUCCCAAUGAGCAACUUUUUGUUCCAAGUAAAAUUGUUGAUAAACAUUCACAGAUGUAAUGGUAUUUUCGUCCAAUGUUUAUAGCACCUCAAUAAAUUCAUUUGCACUUCAAAAAAAAACCACUUAAGGAAACCUAGCUGUUAGGUUUAUGUAGGUUAAAGGAAGCCAAACUAUAACUCAGUUUCAAAACACCUUAGAAAUCGGUAAACCUAGUAUUACUCUCAUUCAUUUCUGCGUAUCAGUGAUAUCAUUCUGAAAAACAAGACUAUAACAAAUAGUGUCAUCAAUAAUUUCGAUAACAUUCAUAAAGUUAAUAUAUAUCACACUUGCUGAUAUCUAGUUGAAUAUUGUUUUAGUAGAUAGACUGAGUAAAAGUUCAUCUUCUAAAAAGAAAGACUUGUAUUCAAGACAAGUAUAUUUUGUCACUGAUUCCAAUAUUUUAUUUUAUUCUUUUUUAGUUGAACAGUAUAUCCACUUCUGUCUUAAAUAAUGCUUUGAUUCUAGUAUUACUUUUAGGUAGAAAUUCGUAUACCACGUAUCUAGUUUCGUUGAAUCUUUCGAAUUAUUUCUACCUGUAGCGCUUUAUUUUUGCGUAAGCUAGAUUUACCUCACCUGUCGUAAUCUGAUUUCAGCAUUUGGGAAAUACCUCUGAUAACUGCCAUUUAUCAAGUUUACACGACAGAAAAUUGUUCGCCUUACUAUUAUUUACUUCGGUACACCAUGAGAAGUGUUUUUAAACAGAAGGAUAAUUGUAGCUUAUUGUAUGAAAUUUCAAGUAUCUAAUCCAUAUCCAUGGUUGGUAUACGUAUAUGAUAAUAAGCCAGUUGUUUUGGUAAACAUUUACAGAGUACAAGACAUUGAACUUAUCUUUAUGACUUGAUAAGGAUUUUUCGUACAUUAUCUUUUUUUCAAUAAAUCCCGUUCGUUAGGAUACAAUCAUUCUUUGUCUUAGUGUUAACAGAAUUGCAAUAUGGUGGUAUUCUUUCUUCUUUUUUUACUAGCUCUUUACUACCAUUAAAAGAGCAUUCGUUAAACGUUUUUUUCCGUUUUAAUUGGUUUUUUUCAUCACUAUGAUAAUGUUUAUAACGUGUCAACUUAUAACAAUACACAGUUGUACCACAUGGU